GAAGAGGCGUCGUGGGCCUAAGUACGGUCUUGCCGACUUCCAGAAUCCUUGUCCAUCGCCUGUUGUCUCCUAUUUGGCCUCUUCAAUCCCCCGCAGCUUGCACUGUUCACCAUCAUGGCAGUCCCCAAGCGCGCGCUGCUUCUCGCGUCCGCAGCUAUAUCGUUCUUCGCUUUUCGCUAUGCGCCGCAAGCUGUAAUCUCGAGUAGUAUUGUGUGGAAUGUCGUGAUAUUAUUUUUCGGGUUGUGGACUGGGCAGUUCGCAUGGCAGACUGUGGUUACUCCGUUGUUCUUCAGCCCGUUGAGGAAUUUGCCACAACCGCCGAAUGCGCACUUUUUUCUUGGCCAUUACAGAAGCAUAUACAAGGGUGCAUCUGGCGAGCCGCAAAGAGACUGGAUCGACAAUGUACCGAAUGAUGGUGUUUUGUACUAUCGCUGGCUGUUCAACAAACCGCGUAUCCUGGUCACGAACCCGAAGGCGCUGAGUGAGGUGCUUGUGCAGAAGAGCUAUGAGUUUGUGAAGCCGGCGAGGAUACGGGUUGGGUUGGGGAAGUUGCUUGGUGUAGGUGUUCUCUUGGCGGAGGGCGACGAGCACAAGCGCCAGAGAAAACUCUUGGCCCCGGCUUUUGCGUUCAGACACACCAAGAACCUCUACCCGAUUUUCUGGAACAAAACCAUGGAGAUGACAGAUCGGAUAUCCGCGACCAUCAAUUCGAGUCCUGACGCUUCAUCUGUCGUGGAGAUUCGUAACUGGUCGUCGCGAGCAACUCUCGACAUCAUUGGUCUGGCGGGUAUGGGACGAGACUUUGAUUCUCUGACCAACCCGGACAACGAACUCUACACCACAUACAACAAUAUCUUUGGAGCGAACCGAGCUUCACAGGUUCUGCAACUCGUUUUGGGUUUGCUCCCCCAUUGGCUUGCCUCCUCUCUCCCGAUAAAGCGCAACGAUGUGAUCCGGCAAGCAAUCAUCACAAUCAAGAAAACAGCGCGAGACCUCAUCCGCGAAAAGCGUGCAAAGCAAGAAAAAGGCGAGGCACAAUCCCUUGACAUUCUCUCCGUUGCCAUGGAAUCCGGCGGCUUCAGUGACGAAGACCUCGUCAACCAACUCAUGACCUUCCUCGCCGCGGGCCACGAAACCACCGCAUCAUCAAUGGCCUGGGCCGUCUACCUCCUCUGCAAACACCCCGACGUACAGAAGCGUUUGCGUGAGGAAGUACGCGCCGAGAUACCCGCGCUGACCGACCCCUCCAAGGAAAUCUCCUCCACGGAAAUAGACCGCCUCACCUACCUAAACGCCGUCCUCAACGAAACAAUGCGCAUCUUUCCGCCUGUCCCGCUCACCCUCCGCGUAGCAGCCCACGACACAACGAUCCUUGGUCACUUCAUUCCCGAGGAGACCACCGUCGUCAUCUGUCCAUGGGCGAUAAACACAUCCGUGCACCUCUGGGGCGACGAUGCCAGGGAGUUCAAUCCUGAACGGUGGAUGGGCCCAGGGCGUGCUAACACGGGUGGUGCGGAAAGUAACUUCGCGAUCACGACUUUCUUGCAUGGCCCGAGGAGUUGCAUUGGUAAGGACUUUGCGAAGGCGGAGUUUGCGUGUUUGGUGGCGGGGUUGGUGGGCAGGUUUGAGAUGGAGUUGGAGGACCCUGGAUGGGAGUUGAAGAUCCAGGGUGGCAUUACGGCGAGGCCUAAGGGCGGGUUGAGAGUUAAGAUGACGGAGGUGGUCCAGUAGGAGGGAUUGUGAUUUGUUGUUUGUUGGUGAGGUCUGGAACGCCAUGUAGGUUCAGUGUUAUGGGAUCAGCCUAUGGGUAUACAUAUUUGGAAAGGUGGACGCGAGUAC